AUGUGGACAUGGAAACAGACAGAUGGGCCACUGCCAAGUGGGCAGCUGAAGAUACUGCUAUCUGCUACAGACGGCUCGACUGGAAUGACUCAAGUUACCCAUGUCGACAAGCUAGAGGAAGAGGUACCACGCAAAGUCAAAAGGUGGAGAAGAAAGUGUGGCUUCAAGGGGUUUGAUACAUUACAGAAAUGUGAGCAGGCACUGCGCGACCUCUGUGGUGUAUCAAUGGCUGUGUUUGCAUUGCUGCUGAGCCUCCUCCCGGACCAGCGUCAUCGUGCUUCAGAUGUUACAAAGGAAGACAGAUUGGUCCUCAGGCUAAUGAAGCUGAAGCUAGGUAUAAGAUUAACGGCGCUUGCUGCACUCUUUGGGAUCAACAAAUCAACUGCAGCACACGUUUUCCGCAUCACCUUGGAUCACCUGAGUAUUAAGCUGGAACAGUGGGUCUUCGUUCCUCCCAGAGGUACCAUCAAGGACACCAUGCCCCCAUGCUUUACAAGGAACUAUCCCGAGUGUACCUUUGUUAUAGAUUGCACGGAAGUGAAGACACAAACCCCAUCCAACCCUGAGCAGCAACAUUACUUAUACUCUAACUAUAAAGGUUGCUACACCCUGAAGUGGCUGGUGAGAAUUAUUCCCAAUGGAAUGAUUGCCUUUAUUUCGGACCCCUAUGGCGGAAGGCACUCAGACUCUUAUAUCACGACGAACUCCGGAUUUCUCACGCAUGUGCUGCCUGGCGACCUAAUCCUUAGUGACAAGGGAUUUCCAUCAAUUGCUACAACGAUGAAAGAGCAUGGUGCUAUUCUUGUGAUGCCACCAUUUAACAGAGGAGGAGGACAGCUGUCAGUGGAAGACAUGGAGCCAACAUUGGUUAUUGCUCAAGUGCGGAUACAUGUUGAGCGUGUGAUACAAAGGCUGAAGAUCUACCAGGUGUUAAGUAACUGCAUACCCCUUUCCCUCAUACCACACAUGUACAAGGUCAUGAAAGUCUGUGCAGCCCUUGUUAAUCUGCAAAGCCCAAUUAUAAAGACGCAAUAA